AUCAGCGCCUUCCUUAGAGCCGGGUGGCGCAGGAGUCAAGAUGGAGGCUGCCUCGGAGGGAAGCGUGCCGGCAACCAACGGCGAAGGCUCGGGCCUGCUCCCCGCGGUUCCCGAGCGGCUCCAGCUGCGGGAAGCGGAGCGGCGGGAGGAAGCGGAGCGACGCCGUCGGGCCCGCGAGGCCACGGCGGUGCAGGAGGAGCAGAGCGACGUGUUCGCCGCCGCCUUCGCCCGCGAGCAGGCCGCCAUCGAGGCCCUGCUGAGUCCCGAGGGCGAGGCCGAGGCGGUGGCGGAGGCCGGGGAGCGUGUGCAGGCCCUCCAGCGCUCGCUGACGGACUCGGUGCGCUUCCUGGCGCCUUACGAGGUGCGGCGGGCGCAGGCGGCGCUGGCAGGCCUGCAGGGGGCGCUCUCGGAGCGGCGCCUCCAGCUCCAGCCGCAGAAGCGCUUCGCCUUCAAGAAGGGCCUCAAGAAGGAGUCCGCCGCCAGGCCGCCUCCCGAGCGGAAACAAGGCCCCGAGAAAGAGGUUCCGCCGUCGGUGGCGGCGUUUCUGCCCGGCUGCGGCUUCAGCGACGCCGAGGACCAAUUGCUGGAGAUGGGGGCCUCCGAGCUGCUCCAGCAGGACGUCAUCCUCUCAGGCUUGAGCCGCUGCCGAGUGCGCCUGCGCGGGAACCCUAACACUUUGCUGGUACGCCAUUGCCAGGAUUGUACUGUGCUCUGCGGGCCGGUGUCCACCUCGGCGCGUGUGGACGGCUGUGGCGGGUGCACCGUUGCCCUCGCCUGCCAGCAGCUCAGGACCAACCGCACCACCGACACCAGUUUCUACCUCCACGUCACUUCCCGGGCCAUGCUGGAGGAGUGUGGGGGCAUCCGCUUCGCCCCUUACUCCUGGACCUAUGAGGGGCUCGAGGCGGACUUCGAAACGUCCGGCCUGGAUCAGAGCAGGAACCACUGGAGCCAGGUGGACGACUUCGACUGGCUGGCCAAGAAUGAGGCCUCGCCCAAUUGGAGCAUCAUCCCCGAGAAGGAGAGGGUUACCGACUGGGACUGAGCCCCAAAACAAGAAGGUUAAGGACUGGAAUUGAACACACUGUUUCCUGAAUUGAGACGAUGAAGGACUGAAGUUGAACCCAUUAUAUGUUGGAGUAGGAGCCCUAAAAACGCCCAAUUGGAGCAUCAUCCCCGAGAAGGAGAGGGUCACCGACUGGGACUGAGCCCAGUGUUUCCUGCCCCCAAAACAAGAAGGUUAAGGACUGGAAUUGAACACACCGUUUCCUAAAUUGAGACGAUGAAGGACUGAAGUUGAACCCAUUAUAUGUUAGAGUAGGAGCCCUAAAAACGCCCAAUUGGAGCAUCAUCCCCGAGAAGGAGAGGGUUACCGACUGGGACUGAGCCCAGUGUUUCCUGCCCUCAAAACAAGAAGGUUAAGGACUGGAAUUGAACACACUGUUUCCUGAAUUGAGACAAUGAAGGACUGAAGUUGAACCCAUUAUAUGUUGGAGUAGGAGCCCUAAAAACGAAUGGAAUUGAACCCACUUUCCAUAAAAAUAAGGACCCUUCCACACAGCCCUAGGUAAUAGUAUGAUAGCUGGGUCCGGAAACGCCGAGCGUUACGGAGAUGCCGCAUCGCUCCUUCGGGAGUGCUAUUUGCACAAGAGAAACUUAGCUAAUGUAAGCCAGACCGGAGACAGAUAAUAUAGAAGGAAUGUAAGAGUUCUUUAAUGGUGAAACGCUAACCCUUACCCUAACCUUUACCCUAACCCUAAACCGUACUGUAAGCCUAAGCCUAACCCUUACCCAAAUCCUAAACCUUAUCCUAACCCUUACCUUAACCAUAAACCAUACCCUAACCCAGUGAUGGACAACCUUUUGCGGUUGGUGUGUCAAAAUUCACCAAAAACCUGAGCAUAACUUGGGUGGGUGUC